AUGGCACCAGGACUAAUAUCAGAGCAGAUUCGAAUUGAUAACAGUGCUCCCAUGUUUCUAUAUGAGAGCCGCGACUCGGAAAUGGUCCAAACAAAUUCGGCAGGCGGUGAUGAAGUGCACAAUCCGUCAUUAGAGAGAUCUUCCCAGAAGCCCGGCCAUCAAGCAAACGCCUUGACACCACCGUUGUCUCCUACAGAACGCAAUGAAAUGAACGACCUGGUCUGCAUCGGCUUUGGUCCGGCUGGCUUGGGCAUCGCCGUUGCCCUCAAUGAUAUGUACGGAUCCGACACAACCGGGAAUGCGGGCUCCGAAACUACCAUUCGUCAGAGAGUACGCUUCCUCGAGAAGCAGUCGAAUUUUUCCUGGCAUCCUGGCAUGCUGUUACCAGGAGCGAAGAUGCAGAUAUCCUUCAUCAAGGACCUCGCUACUUUGCGAGAUCCUCGCAGCUAUUUCACAUUUCUAAACUAUCUCAAGGAAGAGCAGAGGCUGGUUCAGUUCACCAACCUCAGCACCUUUCUGCCUUCUCGUCUGGAGUUUGAGCGUUACAUGCGCUGGGCCGCAAAUCAUUUCGAAAGCUCUGUUGAUUACUCCGAGGAAGUGACAAGCGUGAGGCCCAUCAGAUACGUGACAGGACAGAAAUACGAUCGCCUCGAGAUUGAGUCUCGAAAUUGCCGAACCGGCCACACAUCGAAGCGCAUUAGCAAGAACGUAGUCAUUGCGGUGGGCGGCUACCAAAGCAGACCGGCCAUAUUUCAGAAGCACAACCACCGCAUACUCCAUACAUCAGAGUAUCUCACCAAGAUCGUUGCUGUGGUUGGCAGUGGGCAGAGUGCCGCAGAAGUCUUUAAUGACCUUCAUACGCGGUAUCCCAAUGCUUCGACACGCUUGAUCAUGCGAGAUACGGCAUUGCGGCCGAGCGACGACUCGCCAUUCGUCAACGAAGUCUUCGAUCCUUCCGCAGUCGACACAUUCUACCAUGCUGACCGACACCAGCGUGACGAGGCGAUCAAGAAGAACAGAGCAACCAAUUACAGUGUUGUUCGGUUGCCGCUCUUGGAGCACAUCUACGAGAGCAUGUAUACUCAAAGCAUUGAAGAGCCAGACCGAAGCAAAUGGCAACAUCAAAUCCUGCCAUCGCGAGAUGUUGUUGGUGUUAGUGAAGAGGGUGCUGAUCAGAAGAUCAGCCUGGCACUUCGUCGACUGGACAGCGGUGAUGGGAAGAACGAAGAGAAUGCUUCUUUCGAUGCCGUCAUUCUAGCAACAGGCUAUAAGCGAGACCAACAUAUCGCAAUGCUGGAAGCUUGCCAGGAGAUCAACAGCUCGAAGGAUGGUAGCUGGACACCCAACCGAGACUACAGUCUCGGCCUAGAUCGAUCUAUGGUAGAAGCUGACGUUGGCAUCUGGCUCCAAGGUGCCAAUGAGUCCAGUCACGGCUUGGCAGACUCGUUGCUCUCCAUCAUUGCGACGAGGAGUGGCGAACUUGUGCAGAGUAUCUUCGGAAAUGGAAAGAGGUAA